GCGCAUGCGUCUUGAAAACACGGAAGUCCCAUGUUUGUCGCUCCGCAGACGUCACUCCUUGUAAUCUCUUCAUAAAUAGUAUUUUAGUCUACAGCAGCGGUCCCGGUGUAAUAUCUGACUGACUCUAACACCGACAGCUUGUCAGUGGACGGUGGCAUGGCCGCAGGGUCCCUCAUGCAUCUGUAGUGGAGCUGUGAAGCUGUGAUAAGAGAAAGAUGCCCGCUCGUAACAUCGUGUCCAACGGGACCCAAGACAACAAAGUCAGGUACUCCAGGUUAUCCUCUGACGAUGACGGCUACACGGACCUACAGUUCAAAAGGAGCCCACCCAAAGUCCCGUACAAAGCCAUUGCUCUCGCCACAGUCCUCUUCUUAAUUGGCUCUCUGCUAAUCAUCAUUGGCAGCCUUCUCCUGGCUGGAUACUUUGGAGUCACUCACUCUGACCGGACCGUGCCUGUCCUCAUCAUUGGGAUCCUGGUUUUCUUGCCUGGAAUUUACCACCUCCGGAUAGCUUACUUUGCGUCAAAGGGCUACCCGGGCUACUCCUAUGAUGAUAUCCCAGACUUUGACGACUGAUCUAUGCACUGUAGCUUCAGAGAGUCUCACUGUGCUUGUGUGCACACACAUACUCAGUCGGGCUUGUGCGGGCGGGACCUCGAGUAGUGAUACCUCUUGCAGAAAAUGAGGUCUAAUCGUUGCUAUAAACAACUAGGCUAAUCUGAUAAUGCCAGGCUGCUGUUAUGAAGCCAUAUGAGUUUCAGAUAUUGCUUGAAUUGUGUAUUUGUUUUCUUAGCUUGAUUCAUUAAUACAACUGUUAUUUGAUGAGUCCUUUAAUUUAAUUUAAUUUAUUCAUAAUUGAAUUAAAAGCUAAUGCUGGUUUGUGACAAAAUGGUCAGCAUACCGUAAAACACAAUUAGCCUUACCUCCGGUUAAUUCUUCCUGACUCUGCAGACUUGUGCUUUCUAGGGAGGAUUUCAAGUGAUUAAUGCCGAAUCCUCCGACCUCCAUAUGGUACUCGUCCUGUGAGAAUUAACAUUGUCCAACAGUGAAGCAUGCAAUUAAGCCCUGACGUUCGGUUAACCUCUUUCAAAACCCUUUUUCUGUUUAAAUCUUUUGAAAGUGUGUGAGUCUAUGGCAGGAUGACCGCCUCCAUUUCCUUUGCAGGUUAAUGUCAUAUGUAAAACACGUUGUCAGUAAAGGUUACACUAGAACAUGGCAGUCUUGUCAGGUUUAUGCUUUGCUACUAAAUUUACACAAGGAAUCCUCCACUAACCAUAAACUAUCUUGUGUAACAUCAGAUCAAACAGCUUAGUAGCUAUUCUGGGUACUUACUACCUUCUCACACUUACAUCCUGAAUCACAGAAAAGAUAGAGAUAGGCUGUACACUUCCUUCUAUCUAUACAUUUAUUGCCUCUGCAAUUAACUGUUUAUACCUCUGUAAUUUGUGCUUUCUAUCGACCUAUGAUUUUUAACUUGCUAUUAAUUAUGACUGUACAUUAAAGCACAGAUAUACAAGAAUUGCUGUUAAGAAAUAUUUUUUAAUGAAAACCUGAAAUCCUAGAAUAAAGACAUACAACUUUGAGAAGCACAACUGUUGAGCAGACAUAAUAAAUGACAAUGAAUAGUA